CGGUACAUCAGCACGGAGCUGGGGAUGCGGCAGCGGCUCUUCGUGGGUGUGCUGACCUCCAAGAGCACAUUGAACACACUGGGGGUGGCUGUCAACCGCACACUGGCCCACCGCCUGGAGCGCCUGGUGUACUUCACAGGCACGCGGGGCCCCAAGGUGCCCCACGGCGGCAUGACAGUGGUGACGCACAGUGACGAGCGGCCCAUCUGGAACAUGUACCAGACUGUCAGGUACCUUCUGGACCACUACGUGAAUGACUUCGACUGGUUCUUCCUGGUGCAAGAUGAUACCUACACAGAGGCACAUCGCAUCAACCGCCUGGUUGCCCACCUCAGCAUUGACACCCACCUCUACCUGGGCCGUCCUGAGGAGUUUAUUGGUGGGGACACUGAGGGACGUUACUGCUAUGGAGGGUUUGGCUACCUGCUGUCCCGCAGCCUCCUCCUGCUCCUGCAGCAGCACCUGGAGAGCUGCCGCAAUGACAUCCUCAGCGCCCGGCCCGAUGAGUGGCUGGGCCGCUGCAUCAUUGACUACACAGGUGUCAACUGUGCUGAAGAACAUGAGGGCUUGCAUUACCACUAUUUUGAGCUUGGGAAGAAUGCGGACCCUGAGCGGGAGACCGACCUCCGUUUCCAGAGUGCCUUCACUGUCCACCCUGUGCUGGAUCCCCUGCAGAUGUACCGGCUGCACAAGUACUUUGCACAGGUGGAACUUGAGAGGACCUACCAGGAGAUCCAGCAGCUCCAGCUGGAGAUCCAGAAUGCCAGCAGCCUGUCUGCUGAUGGGGACCACAGUGCCACAUGGCCCAUCGGCAUCCCACCCCCCUUCCAGCCCAAAACCCGCUUUGAAGUGCUGCGCUGGGACUACUUCACGGAGGAACAGGUCUAUGCCUGUGUGGAUGGCUCCCCCAAGUGCGAGCUGCAUGGCGCAGAUCUGGCAGAUGUGGCUGACGUGGUGGCCACGGCCAUAGAGGAACUGAAUCGCAAGUACCAGCCGGUGCUCCACGUCCGCAAGCAGCAGCUGGUGAAUGGGUACCGGCGCUUUGACCCCACGCGUGGUAUGGAGUACACACUGGACCUUCAGGUGGAGGUGGUCACCCAGAAGGGGCACAGCCGCUCUGUCACUAAGCGCGUGCACCUGGUGCGUCCUCUCAGUGAGGUGGAGAUUAUCCCCAUGCCCUAUGUGACAGAGGCCAGUCGCAUCAAUGUUAUCCUGCCACUGACGGCUCAUGACCGGGACUAUGCUACCCGCUUUUUGGAGGCUUAUGCAGCAGCUGCCUUUGAGAGUAGCGAGAAUGCAGUGCUCACCUUCCUCUUCAUCUAUGACCCCUUUGAGGCCCAACAGGUCACCCAGAACGACAUCUUUGCCUCUGUGAAGGCCCAGAUCACUGAGUAUGAGCGCAAGUAUGCAGAGGUAAAGAUCCCAUGGAUCAGCGUUAAGACAGAUGCACCCUCCCAAAUCAAGGUCAUGGACAUCAUCUCCAAGAAGCAUCCUGUGGACACUCUUUUCUUCGUGGCUGGUGUGGGGACAGAGGUCACCAUCGAUUUCCGGAACCGCUGCCGGAUGAACACUAUAAACAACUGGCAGGUCUUUUUCCCCAUCCACUUCCAGGGCUACAACCCAGCCAUUGCUUACCACAACCAGGUGCCACCCACCACACUGGACCUGCUGCGGGACGUGGGGCGCUUUGACCGCGAUGUCUUCCACGAAGCCUGCUUCUACAAUGCCGACUACAUGGCAGCACGCACCCGCAUGGCAGGUGACGUGCAGGAGAAUGAGGACAUCCUGGAGACCUUGGACAUCUAUGACAUGUUCAUCAAGUACUCCAACCUCCAUGUCUUCCGGGCUGUGGAGCCUGCUUUGCUGCAGCGCUACCGACACCAGGCCUGCAACCCCCGCCUCAGCGAAGAGAUCUAUCACCGUUGUGUGCAGAGCAGCCUGGAGGGCGUAGGCUCUCGCUCCCAGCUGGCCAUGGUGCUUUUUGAGCAGGAGCAGGGUAACAGCACCUGA